UGUAUUGAACACGAAAAGCGAGAAUAUGCAGAUCGGAGCGACGUAUGCAUCAGUAUAAGGCUUAAGAGGUGGUUAGCACGCAAGAGGACUUAGGCAUCGCGAACUCGACAGCGAGGUUGCACGGCAUUCCACCGCCAGGAACCGGCUUGACCCACAUUCUAUUACGAUGAUUCACGGUCAUGGACAGAUGCUUCAUGAUUUUAUCGUUUAUUGAUGGGGUUCGGUCCCGAGUGAUGCGAUGGCCAGGCGGGAAUAGCAGAAGUAUUCCAGGCUCUGGGCGAAAGUGUGGAGCCGUUCCGUCCCAUCCCAGUCAGCAGCGUGUCUCUCAUAUGAUCCGAUCCAUCACUGCUGAGGAGAAUUAUUUUCCAGAGGGAAUUUUCGUGAAGCCGACGAGCAUAAGUACGUUCGCAUCGACCACUUUCUUCCUCGAAUUGCGGAAAAUAUUACAAGUCCGCGGAAGUGUUGCAAAAAGUGAGUUUCUAUGUGUAGCUCGAUUCCUCUCCUGGACAGGGACGCGACGUCGAUGGACGCUUGUACGUAACAACCUGUACAGACGGGUCAGCAAGGGAGGGGAAACCUUGUUGUUGGAUGGACGGAUUGUCGCAAUUUGUCGCAAAAUUGUCGUAGCUUUUUCGAAGGGAUCGGAACUGGAAUCUGGAAUUGAGGGAUGAUGGAUGGAGUUGGAAUGGAAGCAUUUCGUUCCUGCGCCGGAAUCACCUGAUCCGCAACAAAGAAACACCAGCCACAUAUAAACUCGAAAUAGCGCCACAAUAGCGCCACAAUCCGCCACCUCGACCCCCUGUUCC